GAGACUGGGGUGGGCAGUAAGGGGGGUCGCAGGGUAAAAAUCAACAAAAUGGGUUUGACCAGGUGACUGGACACCAAGUGACACAUAAGCAGGGAAGCAGACAGUGGGCUUCGGUCAGUUUUCAAACAUACGUGGUGGAUUUGGAUUGUUUAGUAGAGUGAGACUUAAAAUGGCUUGCAUCAGGCGCUACUCGGAUGUGAUGAAAAUGCCAGACUCUUUCAUUCAGCACCAGCAGCUUGAUGCCAGCAUGGCUGACACCUUCCUGGAGCAUCUCUGUCUGCUGGAUAUCAACCAGGAGCCCAUCACAGCCAGAAACACCAGCAUUAUCUGCACCAUCGGUCCUGCCUCCCGAUCAGUCCCUAAACUCCAGGAGAUGGUCAAGGCUGGGAUGAAUAUUGCUCGUCUUAAUUUCUCUCAUGGCUCUCAUGAAUACCACGGCGAGACCAUCAAAAACAUCAGAGAAGCAGUGGAGAGCAUAACCUCUGACCCCUUGUAUUAUCGAUCUGUGGCCAUCGCUUUGGACACCAAGGGUCCAGAGAUCCGCACGGGAUUAGUGAAAGGGAAAGUGGAGGAGGAGGUGGAGCUGGUGAAAGGAAGCCAUGUGCGAGUGGUGACAGCCGAGAGUGACAAAGACAAGACAGACGGGAAAAUGAUCUGGGUGGACUAUCCCAACCUGCCACAAGUCCUGGAGAAGAGAGCGAAGAUCUACAUUGACGACGGCCUCAUUGCACUCAGAGUGUUGGAAAUAGGCUCUGAUUGGGUGGAGGCUGUGGUGGAGGCGGGCGGGGUGCUCUGCAGCCGUAAAGGCGUCAACCUCCCCGGCUGCGACCUGAUCGGCCUGCAGGCCGUCAGCGAGCGGGACGAGGCUGACCUGAGGUUCGGGGUGGCUCACGGUGUCGACAUAGUGUUCGCCAGCUUCAUCCGUUCUGCCCAGGACGUGAAGGAUGUGCGUCGAGCUCUGGGGCCUCAGGGUCAAGAUAUCAAAGUGAUCAGCAAGGUGGAGAGCCGGCAAGGAGUUCACAAUUUUGAGGAGAUUCUUGCUGAAAGUGAUGGCGUGAUGGUUGCCAGGGGCGACCUGGGGAUUGAGAUCCCUGCUGAAAAAGUCUUCAUCGCCCAGAAGAUGAUGAUUGGCCGAUGCAACUCUGCGGGGAAGCCGGUCAUCUGCGCCACACAGAUGCUGGAGAGCAUGGUGUCCCACCCGCGUCCAACCAGAGCAGAGAGCAGUGAUGUAGCCAACGCGGUGCUGGAUGGAGCCGACUGUGUAAUGCUAUCUGGGGAGACGGCUAAGGGACUGUUCCCUCUGGAGGCAGUUGCAAUGAUGCACUCGAUCUGCAGGGAGGCGGAGGCGGCCAUUUUCCACCACCAGCUGUUCGAGGAGUUGCGCCGGCUCACUCCUCUGUCCUCUGACCCCACUGAAGUCACUGCCAUCGGAGCUGUGGAGUCAUCCUUCAAAUGCUGCGCCGGGGCCAUCAUAGUCCUCACUAGCAGUGGCAGGUCGGCACAUCUCCUGUCCAGAUACCGGCCUCGCUGUCCGAUCAUUGCAGUCACUAGAACCCCUCAGGUUGCCCGUCAGUCCCAGCUGCUGAGAGGCGUGUUUCCUGUCCUCUUUCACCCUCUGCCUGCUCCUGUCUGGGCUGAUGAUGUUGACAACAGGGUGAACUUUGGCAUGGACAUAGGGAAAGCAAGAGGAUUCUUCAAGUCAGGUGACAUGGUGAUUGUGGUGACAGGCUGGAUCCCAGGCUCCGGUCACACCAACAUCAUGAGGGCAGCGAAUGUCCCGUAAUAAUGUGACUUCACCGGACUCUAAAUCUGCCAGCCCCUGUUUGAGCCCCUGCAUCGUGUCCUGGAUGAGGACGAUGAAAGCCUGAGAACCAGCUCCUUAAUCAUUUCAGGACAGCUGAUCUCAUGAAUGUUGAAUUUGUCCAAUAAAAAUAUGAUGACUCCCUCCAACUAAAAUGAAUUCUAGCUGUGCUUCUGUGCCUGCUGGAAUUGAAGUUCACUAAUUGAGCUGUCCACUCUUUCCAUGUCCGAUACUGAAAGGGAUUAUUGCCUCUACCGUUGUCUUUGUUGAAUUUGAAGAUUAGAAUUUCAUUCCUGCUCACGGUCGCAAGCUUAUCUCAGUGGUUGCACAAUUUUGGGGGGCCAUUGUUGAAGGACAGUGUCUUUGUCCACUGUGAUGACCCAAAAGCCACCUCUGCAUAUUGUUCACAUAAAGUAAUUAUCCGUCCCUGUGUGGAUCGUUCUCAUGGCUGAUAAUCCUUCUUGUGGUAACUUUGCCCUUCUUCUUCCUCCUUCUGUUGUUUUUGCUCUCCAAUGCCCAUGUGCCCUGAAUAUUAUUCUGUUCUACUUCUGCUUUAAAGGCCACUCUCUAUGUCUGUUAGUUAUAAGACUAAUAACUAUUUUUUUUAAAACACUCUCAUGGCAUAUUUUCAUUUAGUCACUGAGAUGGUUUGCACUUACGGACAUUUUGUCUUCUCAACCCCGUCCACUAUGUGGGACAUAUCAUCUUCCAGGGUAGCAUAAAAACAACUUUAAAACUAGAUAUGUAUGCGACAGAAACGAAGAUUUCCACAAAAUUCGACUUUCAGCUAAACGUCUGCCCUCUUUCAAUGGGAUAUUGACAUGUUUCAGAGGAUUUUGAGAACAGGAACAUCUCUACUGCAUCCUUCUUUAAUAACAAUCUGUAAACACUUUGGAAAAAUGGGACCUGGGGAAACCACCCACUGUUGUCAUCAAAAGCUAAAUGUUUUCCCUUCUUGCUUGAUAUUGAAUUUUAGUUUCUCAGCAAUUUGUGUCCACUGAUCUGUAGUCAGAAUUAGCUCAAUGUUUCCUUGAAAUCAAGAUAACUGCUAGACUCCUGCUCAGAUAAAACGGAUCUAAUGAUGUCUUUGAAGAUAUUGUGUGCUGCACCAAAUCUUUGGGCUAUAUUAUGCAGGUUUUAGUGUGCCUUCACAGCCAUGCAAGUUAUCUGUGUGUGCUGAUGCACCACCCUGUGCUGUGUUAACCACCAAUGUCCAGCUCCAUGUUUGCAGCAACAUGACUUCCUAAACUUCCCACAGUUUUAUUUGUUGAAGUUGUGUUCUAAUUAGAUGCAGAAUAUAGAUCAUUUUCAA